UUUCGAAUGAAACGUCACAUUUUCAUAUAUAUUCAAACCAAUUACCCAGGAAAAGUUUGUUUUUUCCGACUUUGUUUAACAUUAAAGUAACAAUAAAUAAAAUUUAAUUAAUUUCUGUUGUGAAAAUAUGAUGUGUACAUUAAUAAUUUUAAAUAAAUAUCACAAUUUUAUUAAUUUGAGCUAACAGAAGGAAUAAUGAAGGUUAUGAAACAAUGAUGAGAGUAAAUUUACGAAGUUAAAAAGUAUAUAUAGUAUGAAACCGCAUAUACUUUAUAGAGAAAUAUUUCUUCUAUUGAUGAAUAUUAUCAUUAUCACUGAAUGUGACAACAAAAAAAUAAAUAAUAAUAAUGAUGAAAUAAAAGAAAAUGUCCAAUUUUAUCAAUUAAAUAAUAAUUUCAAUUCUAUUUUAUGUAAUUCAUCACAUAAUUCACAAGAGAUCAAAGUACAAUUUUCAACAAGUAUUAUUAAAAAUGAAUAUAUUGUUGUAUUUAAAGGUUAUUAUAAGCCAAGAACACGUGAAAAUUAUAUUCGCGCCGCUUUAAAUUCAUCAAAUGUGAAAAAUUGGAAAAUUUUAAAUCGUUCUAAUCCGGCAAGUGGUUUUCCAAGUGAUUUUGAUGUUGUUUUAAUUGAAGAAGAAAUUGAUAAUAAAUAUUCAGGACUCAGUGGUUUAAUUGAUCAUCCACUUGUGAAACGAGUUACACCACAAAGACUUGUGAAAAGAACAUUAAAAUUCACUGAAACUAAUGAGGAUGGUUAUCCAGAGUAUAAGAAUUUUAAACGAAAAAUCAACAGUUUUAAAACAUCAAAUUCAAAUACAGGACACACUCCCUCUCGUCAUGCAUCGAGAAGAUUACUACGUGCAAUUCCACGACAAAUUACGAGUAUUCUUCAAGCGGAUGUUUUGUGGGGAAUGGGGGUGACUGGUCGCGGUAUAAAGGUGGCAGUUUUUGAUACUGGCCUCGCGGCUAGUCAUCCUCAUUUUAAGAAAAUUGAGGAGCGCACUGAUUGGACUAAUGAAAAAACCGUCGAAGAUGGUCUUGGUCAUGGGACAUUUGUCGCUGGAGUUAUUGCAUCGUCUUCGAAAGAAUGCUUUGGCCUUGCACCAGAUGCGGAACUUCAUAUUUUUCGCGUCUUUACCAAUUCUCAGGUCUCCUAUACAUCGUGGUUCCUUGAUGCAUUCAACUAUGCAAUAUUGACCAAAGUGACUGUAUUAAAUCUUAGUAUUGGAGGUCCAGACUUUAUGGAUCAUCCAUUUGUUGAUAAGGUUUGGGAACUUACUGCCAAUGGUGUUAUUAUGGUAUCAGCGAUUGGUAAUGAUGGUCCUCUAUAUGGCACGUUGAAUAAUCCUGCUGAUCAAAUGGACGUGAUUGGAGUCGGUGGAAUUAAUUGGGACGAUCAAAUUGCCGGUUUUUCAUCACGUGGAAUGACAACAUGGGAAUUGCCCUUUGGUUAUGGUCGUGUAAAACCAGAUUUAGUGAUGUACGGCUCAGGAGUGCAGGGUUCAGCAUUGCAAAAUGGAUGUAGAAAACUUUCUGGUACAUCUGUCGCUAGUCCCGUUGUUGCUGGUGCUGUUGCACUUUUAGCAAGUGGUUUUCUUUGUUCCGAUGGCUCACUAGACGAAAAGAUAACACCGGCAAGUAUGAAACAAGCUCUUUUAGAAUCCGCUCGCAGAUUACCGGGAGUUGGAAUGUUUGAGCAAGGUGCUGGAAGAUUAGAUUUAUUAAGUGCUUUUCUUUAUUUACGCUCUUACACACCUACAGUUACAUUAAGUCCCAGUUACGUGGACCUAACGGAAUGUCAGUAUAUGUGGCCUUAUUGCACACAAGCAAUUUAUCACACGGGAAUGCCAACAAUUGUUAAUGUAACAAUUUUAAAUGGUUUGGGUGUAUCUGGUUAUGUGGCGGAUUUAAAAUGGCAUCCCUAUACUCUCGAUGGAAAUGGAGAAAAACUUGAUGUUUCAUUGAGUCAUUGCGAUGUUCUUUGGCCCUGGUCUGGAUGGCUUGCCGUUUCAAUUACUGUACCAGAAUCGGCUAGCGAUUGGCGUGGAAUCGCUCGUGGUCAUAUUUCUCUGACAAUUGAAUCGCCAUCAAAUGCAGGUGAAACAGAACCAAGACGAUCUACUGUUGAAUUAUCUCUAACGGCAAAAAUAAUACCAACUCCACCUCGACAUAAAAGAAUUUUGUGGGAUCAAUAUCACAAUUUACGAUAUCCACCUGGUUAUUUUCCAAGAGAUGAUUUAAGAGCUAAAAACGAUCCUCUCGAUUGGAAUGGCGAUCAUAUUCAUACGAAUUUUAAAGAAAUGUAUCAACAUUUACGAAAUGGUGGUUACUAUCUUGAAGUAUUGGGUUCGCCGUUUAUUUGUUUUAAUGCAAAAAAUUAUGGUACCUUACUUAUUGUUGACAGCGAGGAAGAAUUCUUUCCCGAAGAGAUAACGAAAUUGAAGAAAGACGUGGAAGAAAAGGGCCUGUCAGUCGUUGUAUUUGCCGAUUGGUAUAAUGUUACUGUAAUGGAGAAAGUGAAAUUUUAUGAUGAAAAUACUCGACAAUGGUGGAUACCAGAUACUGGUGGUGCAAAUGUUCCAGCUUUAAAUGAUUUACUUUAUUCCAAUUGGGGUAUAGCAUUUAGUAGUAACGUUCGAGAGGGUCAAUUCGUCUUAGGACAACAUUCGCCAGUGACAUAUGCUUCUGGAACAACCAUCGCUCGUUUUCCAAAAGAGGGUUUUCUUUUGCAUGCUUCGUUACAUGAUUUAGGCGAAGAAUUGCUUUUAGAAACAGAUGUUAAAACAUCAUCAUUGACACCAGUAUUAGGCUUAUUUCAAACAAACAGUGAGAAAUUAAAUAAUAAAAAAAGUGAAAUUAAAGAAACAGAAACUGAUGAUAAUGAAAAAUCAACAACCAUUCCUGGUAGAAUUGUUGUUUAUGGUGAUUCAAAUUGUAUUGACGAUAUUCAUUCACAAAAACCUUGCUUCUGGAUGCUGGACGCUUUAUUAGAAUACGCAAAUACAGGACAUAUACCAUUAAUUUUCGAAGAAGAAGAAGCUCGUCAUAAGGGAAUUAAUGACGAUUUAUCAAAAUUAGAUGAAUUGCCAAAGCGAAUUGAAAGUAGUCACUUGAGUCGUCACAGUAAAGUUGUGAAUAAUGAUACAAUGGGAAAAGAAAGAUUUCGUCCUCUAACGCCAUGUCCAAUUUUACUUCCUGCAACACCAUAUCCAAUCAAUGAAACAAUUCCAAUAAAUUCUCAUAAAUCACAAACAUUGAAAUCAUUAAAGGAAUCAGUGGUGGCAAUAGUUCCAUUGCCACAAAAUUCAAAAUCAUGGAUAAGAAGACGUGGUGGUGGUGUUAUUAGCGAUACAUUAAAUCAAAUUGAUUCCUUGAGUAUAAUUGAAGAAACAUCAUCAAAUAAUGAUGAAACAAAAAAAUGGUUAAAUAUCAAAUUACCAAGUUAUGCUGCCGUAACAAUGAUUAUUUGUGGAAUUUUAAUUUAUGCAUUCAAUCGUUGGGGUAUUUGUGGAGUUAAACGAUCUCGUCGAAAGAGAACAAUUGGACGAUUGCGUAGAAUUAUUCAAGUGAUCACUAUACGUAAAGUGCCUCAGAUGUAGGUUUAUUAUAAUAAUAUAAUAAUAAUAAUAUAUAUUUGACAUAUA